GUUUUGUCUUGCAGUUUGUGAGUUUUUUUUUGUCAUCUGAAAAUAUAUAUUGAUUAGGAUGAGACCACAACAAACAUCAGGUUGGAAACAAUAAAACAGACGCACCAUAACUACUCUUCACCUAUACUAAACACCUUAACGAAUAAGGCCUUUACAAAGGACUGCUAUUUGCUGAUGCAUCUUCAAUAAUCAAUCUCCACUCUGGAAUCAACCUCAAAGUAUCCAAAAUUAGAGCCGCUUGAUAUCUAUAAGAUGGCAAUGCUUUUGGUCUUAAAACAGGACCAAUCAAUUCCGAAUCUUGCAAACCAACAUACAAAGCAUGGAAUGGAAUAUCAGACAUCCAUCCUCAGUAUUAAUUAGCCUACCAUUCUUUCUGAAGUUUUGACUUCAUGAGCUCGUCAGCUUUGACUUCACCUCAGUGGACACACUGCCAGAAAAAUACACAAGGAUUAAAGCAAGAUUCACCUAUAUCAAACACUUAGAAAAAGGGAUUAGAACCAUAGAGUUUAUUUCAUCAUCUUGUGGAGAAAACUGACUCUGAAGAUCAGAUACAGAAAUAUCUCACAAUCCUUAGAUGACAAACAAAAAGAAACGAAUGUUGGGGGCGAUUUUUGGUACUUCUGCUGGCUUUACCCCAUUUGGGCCGGCUCUGAACAAAAAAUGAGAAGAGCUUCACUUUUGUCUAACUGAAUCUUUUCAACCAAUUAUGUGCCGCCAUUUGCUAAACUUUCUGUAGACAGAACCGUACAUGAUUAUUCUCUCCUCCUUGGUUGGUCGUCUCCAUCAAGGUAAGAGUGUUGUGUUCAAAACCCUUAAACCCAACUGAUCAAACGCAUACAUACAUAACUCCGUCAUCUUCGUCUUUACUCCAAAAUUCCAGACAUUUGAAGCUUUUAAGCAUCUGGGUAUUUGAUCUUCUAUCCACAGAUCAUAGAAACCCAAGAGGCAAAUGUCUAUUUCCCUAAAAAUUUCCCACAUUUCAAGUUUCUCCAACGAUGGGUUCAAUAGUGUAAAGCAAUGCAGAGUGAGUCAAAGGUUUGAAAUUAGAUCGGUUUGUUUCCGUAGAAGCCCUGGUGUUGAAUCUAGACGGAUCCAUUUAAAUUCGGACUUGUCUUCUCGGAAUUUGAGAAACCGAUGUGUAGGAUCGGAUGUGGUUACGGGUGAAAUAUCCGGUAGAUCGAUACCGGAUUGGGCUUAUAGUGGCGUAAAAGAUGAGACUUUAAGCGAUUUGGAGCCGGAACUUGAUGAUGGUGAUGGCGGCGAUGAGAAUGGGAACAACGACGGUGGUGGAAAUGGUGGUAAUGGAGACGGAGGAGGAGGAGGUGGAGAUGGAGAAGGAGAUGAUGGAGAGGAUGAAGCAGAUAAAGCUGAGGAGAAGGAGUUUGGUCCGAUUUUGAAGUUUGAAGAAGUUAUGAAAGAGACAGAACGUAGAGGGAUUACGUUACCGGAGGAUAUGUUGGAAGCGGCUAAAUCCGUGGGGAUUCGAAAACUGUUCCUUCUUCGUUACCUUGAUCUACAGGGUUCUGUUUGGCCGCUUGGGUUUCUGAUGAGAUCAUGUGCGAUGCUUCGAAAUAGAAUGCUUGCAGAUCCUUCAUUUCUCUUCAAAGUUGGAACCGAGGUAGCCAUAGACUCUUGCUGUGCAACUUUUGCAGAAGUACAGAAGAGAGGGGAAGAUUUCUGGUCAGAGUUUGAGUUAUAUGCUGCUGAUCUUUUAGUUGGUCUUGUGGUUGAUGUUGCCUUGGUUGGACUUUUGGCUCCUUAUGCACGUAUCGGGAAGCCGUCUGUGGCAUCAACAGGUUUAUUCAAGGAUCUUAAACGUGCUUGUGCAUCCCUUCCUAGCAGUGUUUUUGAAGCAGAAAGACCGGGUUGUAAAUUCUCAGUUAACCAGCGGAUUGCAACAUUCUUCUACAAGGGCCUCUUGUAUGGGUCGGUUGGAUUCGGCUGCGGCCUCAUUGGUCAGGGAAUUGCAAAUCUGAUCAUGACAGCAAAACGGAGUGUGAAGAAAUCAGAGGAAGACGUCCCUAUUCCACCUCUUUUCGAAAGCGCUGCUCUCUGGGGUGUGUUCCUCGGCUUAUCUUCCAAUGCGCGUUACCAAAUCAUCAACGGCCUCGAACGCGUCGUGGAAGGUUCUACAGCGGCCAAACGUAUCCCUGUGGUCGCUAUGGCAUUCACGGUGGGAGUCCGGUUUGCUAACAAUGUGUAUGGCGGUAUGCAAUUUGUAGAUUGGGCUAAAUUGUCCGGCGUUCAGUAAUCAACCGGUUCGGUUUUGUUACAAACCGGAUAGUAAACUAGCCUAGAUGUCAAUCCUCAGGAGUAUGAGAGUAUCUCUAAUCUGAUGGGGAAGUUUAGUUAUCUGAGUUUCAUUAGUGUGAUUAGGUUAUUUACCGAGAGCUACAGAAAGAGAAUCUGGUUCAUGAUACGGACCGGAUUCUUCUAACCGGAAUACUACUCGAUACAACAUUUUCAAUUUGGUUUUGGAAGUUGAGUUUCUCAUGGUAUCCUUGUCUCUCUUAUUCAUUUUUCUGAAUCAUAUACUUGCAAUAAUGACUCAAACUUUUUAUCAGC